AUGGUCAAAAAUCAGCGUAGGAAUCAGAAGAAAGUUUCUUCUAAAGAUUCAUGCCUCGAUGCUCCAGCUGAUGUGAUUUCUGCAGAGCUGCCUCGUGGUCAGGAGCAUCAGCUCGAGUUGGAUAAAAUAUCCGCGGCAGAUCUUCUCAGAACUAUCAUUGAGCGUAAUAAGGACCCUCUUCUUGAACCUCUCCUUAUUGCUCUGUCGGAUAAAAUCCCGAGAGAAUUCACGGAGUCGAUCAAUAGUGAAAAAAAGGCUAGGAGCAUUGUUGUCUAUGGUCUUGAGGAGGCAAGGACUGAGCUCAGGCCGUCUGAACGUCAAAAAGACCUGGAGGAGAAGGUUACUAAGGUUCUCGAUGCGUUGAAGGUCGAAUGCCGCCCAUGCGAGGUAUAUCGCAUGGGUAAACCUGAUCCGAAACGCCCCCGUCUUGUUAAGGUUGUCCUCCCAGCUUCUUCACAUUGGAGAACCGCCCUUGCCAAUGCUCACCUGCUCCGUAAUGCUGGAUUUCCUUCCGUAUUUAUACGUAAAAGUAUGACACUGGAGGAAAGGCAGAGGGAUUUUAUGCUGAGGCAACUUGCCCGGGAUCGCAACAAAGGACUGUCCAGCAAGGAAUGGGUCGUAUACAAGGAUCAGCUCGUGCAUAUAAAAAGCCUUCCUAGAAACAGCUCGGGAAACCUUGCUGCUGGCAGGGUUCUCUCACAUUGA